AUGCUUUUACAUAUAUGUGUUAUUCUUAGCUUUUGCUAAGAUUUGCUUAGGUGUUACAGGACCAGUAAUACAAACUUAGAAAAAUUGAACUUAAUAUGUGUGCCUACCAGGAUUUAACCAUUUUAAGCAAGGACUCUUUAUAACGAAUUAUUAUCAGUUCAUUUUGGAUUAGAUAUCGGAGAGGCAUUAGUAAUGGAAAUGUUAUCGGAUGGGCAUUAUCAAUACUAUUAUGAAAGUAGGCUAUUUAAUUAAUACAUUAGUCUUAUUUGUUCCUCUAUUGCUUUAUAGCGAUGCUUAAUAGUUUCAAUAAUAUUUGCUUUAAAUAGAUGCCAAUUUGCAAAUUUCUAUUCUAUAGGAGUCAAUGGUUAUGAUCAUAGGUAUACAAACUCUCCAAGAAGUAAUUCAGACGUGAUUAUUAUGUCUGUCCUGCAGGCUGUAAAAAAAGUUCAGCAGCAGGGUAAUGUGAUUAAUGUAAAGAUAGCUAGCUAUACAUACAUAGAUUCAAAAAAUAUAGAUUGUUCGAUAAGUAAUUGAUAAUAUUAAAUAUUUUUUAGGUUGUAAAGGAUAUAAUAUUUGCUAUUAUCCUACUACUAAUUCUUCAGAAAUUUUUGACACCUGUUCUUAAUUACUGUUUGAAAUUAAUAAGAUUGGAAUAUAUUGUCUAGGUUAUUCUAUCUAAAAAUAUUUUAAAGGUGACUAUUUACCUUGUAUAUAUCCAGAUAGGAGUAAUACUUAUGAUAUUUAUGCUGGCUGUUAGAGUGGGUUGUCACGAAUUUGAUCUAAAAUUUUGCUAAAUUUAUCAAAGAAUAGAAGAUUAUAACUUUAAUCUUAUGAUAAAAUAUUAACCAAACAUGUUUAUUAUGAUUUUGCAGUAAUAUUUUAGAAUAAUCAGAGAACAUGAAUUAAUGUGAUCCAGAUUUUACCAAGAUUAACAUAACAAUGGAAGAUGUAUGUGCAAGAUUUAGUUUAUAUUUUUAGUGGUUAGAGAAUAUAAUAGAGAAUAUUGUAACAUAUUAUGGCAAAGGGAAAUAAUUAUAUAGCUUGUAUAGCAUAGUAUGCAUUACAACCUGAUAGCACAAAUAAUUAUGUGGAGUGUGCUCAAACUUGUGAUAUAUGUUUUGGAUACAGAUCCAAUCUAUUAUAACAGCCUGGUGACUGUAUUACCACUUACACUUAUUACAGUACUGAGAAUAAAAUAGCUCAAACAAAAUGGUAUUGUCAUUUAAGCUGUACUAACAUUUCAUAAUCUAUUUAAUUUGAUAAUAGAAUCAAAAUAAAAUUAAAAGGAUAAUAUCCGCACAUGCUUUACAAAUUUGUUGUGUAAAAAAAUAAUUUUGUAUCUUAUGCGUAGGGAUAUUGCAAUGAAUGCGAACAGCAGGAAUUAUUAUUGUACUGCUUGUAAAAUGGACAAAACAGAAUACUAGUAAUUAAAUAAUGCAAUUGUAAAACAGGAUAAUAUGUCCUGAAAAUUUAGAUUAAAUAUGUAUUCUUAAUUUAUAGAUUCAUAUUUUAGCCUGUGAGAACUCAUGCUUAUACUCAAUGUCCAGAUGAAAACACUUACAACUAAUUAAAUUUGGAAGGCUUUUCCGUGCAAAGUUCGAUAUGGAGAGUAUGCAACUUAAGAUUAUAAAUGUGGAUGUAUUAAUCACUAUUAUUAUUAAGUAUGUUAUCUAAAAGUGUCACACUUGCUUCUAACCAGCUGAUUCCACUUCAAAUUCAUGUUUUCUAACUUGUAUACCUGGAUAGAAUCGUGUUUCUUCUGAGACUUUUACAUACAAAUGUGAAGUUUAUUCUGGUACUGAACCAACUAAUUGUAUAUAUUGUGUGGAAUGCUCAAAUAGAAAAAUAACAACUACAGGAGAAUGCUUGUGUAAAUUAUUAUAUUACGAUUAUGGCACAGAUAAUAUAGAUUGCUAAAGUAAAUUGUAAGGUUUUUUCAUAGGGUGCCAUUAUGCAAGUUUAACAUGUUAAAUACUACUCAAAAAGAUGCAUGCGUGGAAUGUCCUCCAACUAGAAAACCAAGUUCAUCAGGAUAUCAAUUUGAAUGUCUAUGCACUCUUGAUAAUACUUUUGAUGAUGGAUUUUCAGUCCACUUCAAAUUUGAGACCAUACUUGUUUGACAUGUAAUGGUCCUCUUCCAUCAAGUAGACUACAUGUGAUAUAAAUUAUAGGUAAAUUGUGUCGUCAUCCUGCGAUGUCCAAUUAGUCAUUACAAUAUUGGAGAAUUAGAAUAUACAAAUAAUUCUACUAAAUUAUUAAUAGUAUGCCAUUUUUCUUCUUAAUAUUCCUUCAAUUACAUUACGAUAUUUGUAUUUCUUGUUCUUUGGAAGUGAACUUUAGAUUAUUUAAAGGAAAUACUUGCAAGUGUAGGGAAGGAUAUUAUAUAGUGGUUGGAAUUACUUAGUGUAAAGUAACAACUCUAAUUAUUAAUAAUCUUCAAGAAUGCUUAUAUAAAUGUGAAACAUGUUAAACCUAAGCAGAGAAAUGUUUGAGCUGUCCUUUAUACUCAUUAAAUAUACUAGAUAAUGAUUGUUUGUGUCCAGGAGAAUAAUUUGAGAAACAGGAUGAAGAAGUUUUUCAAAGUAAAUUUCAUAAAUAUGAAAGAUGCCAUUUCAAAUGCAAAUCCAGUGAUGGGAAGGAUGAGAAUAAUUGUCUUUUUGGUGACACUCUAAAUAUUAUAUUAAAACAUAGCUUGCAGUGCAUACUAUUAUAAUUGUUAUUACAUUAAAUAAUUAAUAAUAUCAAUUGCGAAAAUAAUUUGUAAAAUGAAUGACAUAAAUACUCGAGUUCCCUUAUACCUCAUGCAAUGACGAUAGAUAUUUUAUUGGCAUUAAGUAAAAAUUUUAUCUUUGUUCUUGCAAAUGCACUACUAAAUGUUAAAGUAGAUAAUCCAGAUAAAUUUUAGAAUGCCAUAAUUCGUGUAAAACUUGUAGAGGAAUUGUAUUGAUGACAAGCAAAGAGUGUAAGUUGGAAAUACAUUUGUAUGCAAUGAUGGAUAUUUCGACGCAGGAAUACUUAUUUGUUAAAAUUAUUCGUAUUUUUUAAUAAAUAGAGUGCAGCUAUAAAUGUAAAUAAUUUUACAAAUAAUCUGAUAGUUUUAGAUAUCUUUCGAAUAAUAGUUUCAGAUUUCAUGUUCUGGUUUCAACAAAUGAAAAUGUAUACAAAAUUAUUAUGAUGAUGGGGUGA